CGCGGAGGGGCGCGGAGGGGCGAUGCAUCACUGUAAGAGGUACCGGUCCCCGGAGCAGGAGAGCUACCUGGGUCACAGGUGGAAGAGGAAGAGGUCUCGUAGCAGAGACUACGAGGGGAGGCUGCGAUACCCACCCCGGAGGGAUCUCCCCAGGAGAUCGCGAUCGAGAAGCCAUGACAGGAUGCCUUAUCACAGGAGAUACAGGCGGGACAGCGACGCCUACAGAUUUGAAGACCGAAGCCCGUCUUUUGGAGAGGACUAUUACUCGACCCGCUCGCGAAACUGGCGGCGAUCCAGAGGCCGAGAGCAGCACCGUCCAAAGAAGCAUCAGCAUCACUGCCGGAAACGCAGGACCAGGUCUUGUAGCAGUGCCUCCUCGAGAAGCCAACAGAGCAGUAAGCGCAGCAGGAGCGUGGAAGAUGACAAGGAAGGCCACCUGGUGUGCAGGAUCGGCGAUUGGCUUCAAGAGCGAUAUGAAAUCGUCGGCAGCCUUGGCGAAGGCACUUUUGGCAAAGUGGUGGAGUGUGUGGACCAUGCCAGAGGCAAAUCUCAGGUGGCACUGAAAAUCAUAAAAAACGUUGGAAAGUACCGAGAAGCAGCCAGGCUGGAAAUCAAUGUCCUGAAAAAAAUCAAAGAGAAGGACAAGGAGAACAAAUUCUUGUGUGUCCUGAUGUCAGACUGGUUCAACUUCCAUGGCCACAUGUGCAUUGCCUUUGAGCUUCUGGGCAAGAACACUUUCGAGUUCCUGAAGGAGAAUAACUUCCAGCCAUACCCUCUCCCUCAGAUCCGGCACAUGGCCUACCAGCUCUGCCAUGCCUUGAGAUUUCUACACGACAACCAGCUGACUCACACUGACCUCAAGCCAGAAAACAUCUUGUUUGUCAACUCAGAUUUUGACACUCUGUACAACGAGAAAAAGAGCUGUGAGGAGAAAUCCAUUCGGAACACGAGCAUUCGCGUGGCAGACUUUGGAAGCGCCACCUUCGAUCACGAGCACCACACCACUAUCGUGGCUACCCGGCACUACCGUCCACCAGAAGUGAUUCUGGAGCUGGGCUGGGCACAGCCAUGCGAUGUCUGGAGUACCGGCUGCAUUCUGUUUGAGUAUUACCGCGGCUUCACGCUCUUCCAGACCCAUGAGAAUCGUGAGCAUCUCGUCAUGAUGGAAAAAAUCCUUGGGCCAAUUCCAUCUCACAUGAUCCACAAAACUCGGAAGCAAAAAUAUUUCCACAAUGGGAACCUAGUAUGGGAUGAGAACACGUCCGAUGGGAGAUACGUCCAAGAGAACUGCAAGCCCCUGCGGACGUACAUGUUGCACGACUCGCUGGAGCACGCGCAGCUCUUUGACUUGAUGAGGAGGAUGUUAGAAUUCGACCCUUCCCGGAGGAUCACGUUCUCGGAAGCCCUCCUGCAUCCCUUCUUUGCUGGCCUCUCUGCAGAGGAAAGGAUGCUGUGCGGUCGAGGCGCCAGCCGGGACCUGAGCAGAUGACAGCCGGGGAGGGUGCGGUGCCUGCUGGAUUUGUACAUACGGGCUCGGUCUAGCCUCUGCAGUUCAGCCCCGCUCGCUCUCUUCUCUCAGCGUUCAGAGGGGCUGGGGCACUGCGACAAGGACCCUGGGGAGGGGAGGGGAAGAAAAGCUACAUUGGAAAGCACAGAUUUGUCUAUUUAUAUGUUGUAAAGUUAAAAUAAAGUGUUUCUUAUUGUUUGAUA